AUGAGACACUGUGCUGUCCUCUAUAUGUGCCUGAUUCUCGUUAUUGUUCAGUAUCCUCCAAAUUAUGACCGACUCAACCAUCACUACCACUUCAUCGACUCAUAUUACCAGCCCUUCUCCAAACCUUCAGUCCCAGAGCUCCUGGAUCCCUUCACCACGUCCCACCAUAAACCAACCUCUGUUUACCAGACCUGUGGUCACAACCAGCACCAUGGCAAAACCACCGCUGACUCCCAGCCCAAGCCCUGGCUCCUCCAACCAUCCUCACGGCAGUGCUUCAGCCCAAACAACAACAACACCACCAACAACAACGACAAGACCAGCAACAACAACAACAGCAGCAGCAUCAACAACAACAACAACAACGACAAGAGCAGCAGGAACAACAACAACAAUAGCAGGAACAAUAACAGCUGAAGCAACAACAACAGCAGCAGCAACAACAACAACAACAACAACAGCAACAGCAGCAGCAGCAACAUCAGCAACUACAACAACACCAACAACAAUAGCAGUAGCAGCAACAACAGAAGCAGCAGUAACAAUAGCAGGAACAACAACAACUGCAGCUGAAGCAACAACAACAACAACAGCAGCAGCAGCAGCAGCAAUAACAACAACAAUAGCAGCAGCAGCAGCAACAACACCAGCAGCAGCAGCGACAACAACAACAACGGCAAGACCAGCAACAACAACAACGGCAAGACCAGCAACAACAAUGACAAGACCAGCAACAGCAACAACAACAGCAGCAGCAACAGCAGCAACAACAACACCUGCAGCAGCAGCAACAACAACAACAAAACCAGCAACAGCAACAACACCAGCAGCAGCAGCAGCAGCGACAACAACAACAACAACAACACCAGCAACAACAACAACGGCAAGACCAGCAACAGCAACAACAACAACAACAACACCAACACCACCAACAACAACGACAAGACCAGCAACAGC